CUCAACUCCGGUGCACAGCAGAGCAGCAAGCUAGAAAGAAAGGUUAGACUAUAAUAAAGAUAUAAGAUAAUUUAUUCGGUCGGGAUACGCGAUAAAGUAGGGGGAAGUUAGUUUUAAUUGUUUCGUCGAAGUUUGUUCCCUUUUCCCCCCGUUAACCGUUCUAACUGUUAGCUAACGUUAACCGGUUUCCUCUUUGGCUGCUUCAGACUCGUUUAAAGUUAGCUUGACCUGCUAACGUAGUUAAAAGUCACUCAACGUAACAUCGAGACCGUAAAACAAAUGUUGGUUGUAAGUUAGUUUUGUCUUGAAGAUCUGAUUCAGCCCCCCAUGCCUUGUUUGGAGAAGUCAAACGGCGGAGGUAAAAAAAGACCAAAAUUAGACUGGAAGUUUGUCCAGAGGUUCUGCGGCAUCCAGAAGGUCCUUUUCCCAUCAUGGAGCAGUCAAAGUGUUCUGAUGUUUGGGACGCUACUUGCUGUCACUCUGACAGAGCAGCUGAUCAUUUACCAAGUCGGCAUCCUCCCGAGUCACUUCUACAAUGUUCUGGCAGACAAAGAUUACUCCGGCUUCAGGAGUCUUGUGAGCACAGCUGUGGUGCUCAUCUUACUAAACUCCACACUGAAAAGUAUCGACCAGUACAUUUGCAAUCAGAUGUAUGUUAGCUGGAGGAGGACGCUAACUGAGAGCCUCCACACGUCCUACUUCCAGGGCCGAGUCUAUUACACACUCAAUGUGCUCAGAGAGGAUAUAGACAACCCAGACCAGCGAAUCAGUCAGGAUGCAGAGAGGUUGUGUAAGCAGAUGAGUACCAUGGCGAGUCGUUUGAUUAUAUCACCGUUCACACUGGCUUACUACACCUACCAAUGCUUUCAGAGCACCGGUUGGAUCGGUCCUGUGAGUAUCUUUGGCUACUUUGUGAUUGGGACCAUUGCCAAUAAAAUCCUCAUGGGGCCAAUUGUAUCAACUCUGUUUGAGCAAGAAAAAUUGGAGGGAGACUUCAGAUUCAAACACAUGCAGAUUCGUGUCAAUGCAGAGUCUGCAGCUUUUUACAGAGCCGGUAAAGUCGAGCACAUGAGGACUGACCGCAGACUUCAGGCUCUGCUACAAACUCAGAGGAGUCUAAUAAACAAAGAGCUCUGGCUUUAUAUCGGGGUGAACACCUUUGACUACCUUGGAGGUUUCCUCAGCUACAUUAUCAUUGCCAUUCCUAUCUUCACUGGUGUCUACGAUGGUCUCACUCCUGGUGAGCUCAGUGCGCUCAUCAGUAGGAAUGCCUUUGUGUGCAUCUACUUGAUAAAUGGCUUCACGCAGCUAAUAGACCUGUCAACCACUCUGUCAGAUGUGGCUGGAUACACCCACAGAAUUGGGGAGCUCAUGGAGGUGAUGGAUGACAUCCUACGCAAGCAGUGCGACUAUGACCCAGCAUCAGGCGAAAGUUACGACUUUGACAGUGACUUCAACAUCAACGCAGGCCCUGCAGACACUGCCUUCAUCCUGGAUCAUCUUUCGUACCAAUCUCCUUUUUCAGAUGAGCUGCUGGUGGAGGAUCUAAGUCUGAAAAUCAAAGAGGGAACACAUCUGUUGGUGGUGGGGAACACAGGCACUGGCAAGACGUCACUACUGAGGGUCCUCAACCGACUCUGGGAGGCACACAGCGGUUUUGUCCAGAUGACGACAUGUUUCGGUCCCAGAGGAACCCUCUUCCUGCCACAGAAACCUUACCUGACUGAUGGGACACUGCGUGAACAGGUGAUCUACCCGCUGAAGGACAUUUAUCCAGCAUCAGGGUCAGUGGACGAUGACAGAAUUAUACAGUUCCUUGAACUUGCUGGAGUGUCCAGUCUCCUGAAGCGGACGGGCGGGUUGGAUGAAAAGGUGGACUGGAACUGGUAUGAUGUUCUGUCUCCAGGGGAAAUGCAGCGUCUCUGCUUUGCUCGGCUCUUCUACCUGCAACCAAAAUAUGCAGUGCUGGAUGAAGCCACCAGUGCUCUGACGGAGGAGGCAGAAGCACAGCUGUACAGAACCUGUAAACAGCUCGGCAUGACUUUGGUCAGUCUGGGACACCGCAGCAGCCUGGAGAAGUACCACGAUGUCCAGUUGAAGUUGUGUGGAGGAGGCCAGUGGGAGUUAACCAAGCUGAAAGGAGGCAGCGGGAGUCUCAGAGAAGACGCAACGUGA